AAACCAAACCAAACCAAACCAAAACCAUCUCCGCUCAUUUCAGAUGUGAAAAAAAACACAUCGAACACACAAAACACUUUCAUCCACAAAACCUAAACAAUGAUUGAAGAACGGCGAGGGGCUCCCUACGGCGUCCUCUUGGCGGUGGUGGUGGUGCUAGUGUUGGUGGGUCCGACACUACUGGGCGACCAAGGUGCAGCCAUAACCGAAUUCAUAGCUGAAUUCAUAGCUGAGCUUCUGAGUCCAGUGGGUCUCUUCCUACUUCCCAUAGCCCUCCUCCUCACCAUCCAAUUCCUCUCUUCUGAUAGGGGAUCUUUCAUCUCCGGCAUCUUCUCCACCGGCGAGCCCAACUCCAUUGGGUCACCCGUCGGCGUCGCUCUCGUGCUUAUUCUCGUUCUGUUCCUUCUCUACUACCGGGUCUCCAUCUUCGGCGGCGGGGAUGACGAGUCUGAGGAAUAAUGGCUGUACUGUUUGUUGACUGUGCUCUGUUUUCUUUUGUUUUUCAUGUGCACUAUACAUAUAUAUACUGGGUGUAGUGUGGUACGAACGCAAAGAGAGAGAGAGAG